UCCCAAACACAUUGACCCUUGUCCCUUUUACACGCCUCUCUCUCUCUCUCUCUCUCUCUCUCAUUUACGAUUGGGGCACGACUUUGUAACUACGGAGCACUGGUUUUCGAUUUUCUGGGAGAUCAUGGUCGUCCCAGUCUCCUGAAUUUUUGUUUGAAGACAAUUAUGACUUUAUGCAACUUUGGCAUGUUGAAAUUUGGUUCUGAUAAAUUAUGGUCCUUUUGCAUUUCUGCUCUGAGAAUAUCAGAUGGUAGGCUUGGCCUUUCUCCAUGUUCAUUUCUGGAAGCAAUAGCUGCUCUCAGUCUUCUCUGGGUAUGGAGCGGCUUCCUGUUGAAGUCGUUGGUAACAUACUGUCGUGGCUUAGGGCUGCUCGAGAUGUGGUGAUUGCGUCCACAACUUGUAGAAAAUGGAGAGAGGCUUGUAGGAACCACCUCCACACUCUCUCGUUCAAUUCCAAUGAUUGGUCAGUCAAUCAUGAUCUAACAACGAGUAGAUUGGAGAUUAUUAUAACACAAACGAUAUUCCAAACCGCAGGGCUGCAGUGUUUAUCGAUUUUUAUGGACGGUGUUGAUGAGUUCUCGGCUGCCCCUGUGAUUGCUUGGCUCAUGUAUACUAGGGACACUUUGCGUGAACUACAUUAUAAUGUAAGGACUAGUCCUAAUGUUAAUAUUAUAGAGAAAAGUGGCCGACAAAAGCUGGAAGUAUUGGCGUUGGCUCAUAAUUCUAUAACGGGUAUUGAACCCAGUUAUCAGAAAUUUCCUUGCCUGAAGUCACUUUCGUUGAGUUAUGUCAGCAUCUCGGCAUUGGAUUUGAGCCUUCUGCUCACUGCAUGUCCAAAACUUGAGAUUUUGGCUCUUGUUAAACUGGAAAUUGCAAUGUCAGAUGCACAGGCUACUAUGGAACUGAGCAGUCCCACAUUGAAGGAACUCUAUGUUGAAACAAUCAGUUUGGACAAGUUUUUGUUGGAGGCUGAUAGCCUUGAGAAGCUGCACUUGAAAGAUUGUCCCCUUGAGUGUUUUGAGCUUAUUGGCAAGGGGACCUUGAGGGUUCUGAAGAUUGAUGAUGUAAGUGUAGUCCAUCUUGAUAUUGGUGAGAACACAGAAAAUCUUGAGGUCGUGGAUGUUAGCAACUUCACAAUGAUUUGGCCGAAGUUUUUCCAUAUGAUCUCUAAAUCAUCAAAGUUGAGGAGGCUUAGGCUGUGGAGUGUUGUGUUUGAUGAUGAGGACGAGGUUGUGGAUGUGGAGACUCUUUCAGAUUGCUUCCCUCAGUUGAGUCACCUGUCCUUAAGUUAUGAUCUAAGAGCUGAAGUACUUCUCUAUGGCUUGCAGGGGUCAUCUCAUUUGGCGAAUCUUGUUGUGUUAGAACUUGGAUGGACAGUAAUUACUGAUUUCUUCUCAGAGUGGGUAGCAGGACUCUUAGAAAGAUGCCCCGAUUUGAAAAAGUUGGUCAUUUAUGGUGUUGUUUCCGAGGCCAAAACCCCUGAAGAGUGCCACAUCCUUGCCAACUUCACCUCAUCCAUUGUAAGCCUCAUGAGAAAAUAUAUGCAUGUAGAUGUUCAAUUUGAGUAUGAAUAGAAACUAAGAUAACUGCAUUGAUGGCUGUCCAAGUUUUGGUUGGUUAUGAGUAGUACUAGAAGGUUUUGUGAUACUCCAUGAAGAAGAUUUUUGUCAUCAACACUUGUCCAUUUCUAGAAAUCUGGAACAUGCUUCUUUCCACUCCAAAUAAAUUUUCAAUUCUGAUCAAUUGUAGAUUUGCGGAUUCAUUACUAAGAGAGAUGAGUUUACUCA